AUGAGACGGGUGCCCCCGUGCGUGUACGAUUCCCGCCGGGCGCUCUACCGGGUCUUCGUGUCCCCGGCCCAGGGACCGGCUCUCUCGACCGCGUCGCCGUCGCUGUCGCGGCCGCAGCUGUCCGCCACGCUCCCGGCGCCAGGACCACACGGGAACGAUGCCCUCGCAGCAGGCCAGACCCGCAGGUUUGCGGCGAAACCUCCCGCGCGCGGGCCCCGAGGGCAGACCUCCGUCGCCGCGGCCGACCAGCUCGCCCGCGAGGGCCGCGGCUUCGACACGCGCUUCACGACGCAGCAGGACAUUGCGCGCUCGGGACGCGAUCGGCCGCCGCAGGACCACGAGAUCACCGACCCGCAGAUCAUGGUCGUGGACGACGGCGCCCCCGAGGGGCCCCUCGCCACCUCCUUUGUCCUCACCAAGCUCGAGGCCCACGAGUCGCUGCGCAUGGUGCAGCCGUACGUGCCGGCGGAUCCCAAGAACAACCGCCCCAGUGCGCAGCUGGCCGUUUGCAAAAUCGUCAACAAGCGCGACGAGUAUGAGCGCCAGAGACAGCUCAGGGAGAUGAAGAAGGCGGCUGCGGGGAAGCCCAAGACCAAGGAGCUGGAGCUGACGUGGGCGAUUGGGGAGCACGACUUGGCCACCAAGAUGCGGCAGAUGGGCCAGUUCCUGGACAAGGGGAUGAAGGUGGAGCUUCUCGUGGCGAGGAAGAAGGGCGGCAGGCAGGUUGACGCCAAGGAGGCCGAGGGCGUCCUGAGGAGGAUCCGGCACGAGGUUGACAGGAUUGGCGGCAGGGAGGCCAAGGGCGCGUCAGGCGUCGUAGGGGCGACAUAUAGGCUGUAUUUGGAGGGGAGGCAGAAGUAG